AUGCUGGAGUUGCUGCUGCGGGGCUACUUAGUGUACCUCUCCUUUGUGCAGCCAGUUAUCCACGGCGCGCAACUCUGCCACUCCACAGACCCCGAUGCACUGCAGGUAGCAAAUGUGACGCUGACGCUCAUCUUUGCUUGGCUGCUGGAGGUGGCUGAUGUACUGUUUCUCUCCUCGAUUUUCGCGAUGCGCUGGCUCUACCUGUGCACCCGCAUUGUGCUAGCUCUGUACUUAGCAAAUCAUCGCUUUCUCGGUGCGGUGCAAAUCUACCAAAGGCUAUUUGCAAGCCUCGUCGACACCUACUUCCCUGUGAUCGACUCCGUAGUCGUACGUCACAUGCAGGUCAUCGGCGACUCCGGGCUCAUUCAGUACGGCGCACAAGUAUCCGCCAGUCUGCUGCGGGGAAUCACCACUAUCGCUGAGAUUGCCAAGGCAUUGAUAGAGUCCUCCACUACCGCGGUGCCUACUGCCCCGCUGUCCCGCUGCAUGUCGCAGGAACGCCGUUGCAGAAAGGUGAGGGACGUCCGUAUCUCUCCCCCUCUGCGCCCACCGCCGGCCGCCCGCACCAUCUCACUGUACCGACCGUCACUCUUCUACGACGAUAGUGACGAGAGGUAA